AUGGCCCCGCGGAUGGCGCGCCGCGGCGGCGCCGCCCUGCUCUGCCUGUCGGCGCUGCUCGCCCUCGCCUCCGGCCGCUCCCACCCAGCCAGCCCCAGCCCGCCGGGGCCCCAGGCCGGCCCGGUGCUGCCCAUCAGCUACCGGCUGUCCCACACGCGGCUGGCCUUCUUCCUGCGGGAGGCGCAGCCCCCGCCGCCCGCGCCCGCCAACGGCUCCCUGCAGCGCUCCGAGCCCUUCGUGGUGUUCCAGACCAAGGAGCUGCCCGUCCUCAACGUGUCCCUGGGGCCCUUCAGCACCAGCCAGGCGGUGGCCCGGGAGCUCCUGCAGCCGUCCAGCACCCUGGACAUCCCCGGGCGCCUCACGGUCAACUGGAAGGUGCGGGCCUUCAUCGUGCGCGCCCGCGUGCCCGCCUCGCAGCCCGCGGCCCAGGUGCUGUUCUACGUGGCCGGCCGGGACUGGGACGACUUCGGCGCCGCCGAGCGGCUGCCCUGCGUCCGGCUGCACGCCUUCCGGGACGCCCGGGAGGUCAAGAGCUCCUGCCGCCUCGGCGGGGCACUGGCCACCUGCCUCGUGCGGGCCGAGCUGCCCCUGGCCUGGUUCGGGCCCCCCGCCCCGGCCGCGCCGCCCACCGCCCGCCGCAAGCCUCCGGAGGGGCUGGAGCCCGAGCUGACCGGGGAGAGCCAGCAGGCCGAGCUGUACUACACUCUCCACGCCCCCGACGCCUCCGGGGGCUGCGGGGGCGCCCGGCGCGGGGCGGGGGCCGGGGCUGGGGCCCGGGCGGAGAGCCCCACCCAGCACCCGCUGCUGCGCAUCGGGAGCAUCAGCCUGUUCCGGCCGCCCCCCCGGAGGGCCCUGCAGGAGCACCGGCUGGACAGCAACCUGAUGAUCCGCCUGCCCGACCGGCCCCUCAAGCCCGGGGAGGUGCUCAGCAUCCUCCUCUACCUGGCCCCCAACGCCUCCUCCCCGUCCAGCCCCAGCGUGCAGCACUUCACACUCAGGGUGAAGGCCAAGAAGGGCGUGACCCUUUUAGGCACCAAGUCACGGAGUGGCCAGUGGCAUGUGACCUCGGAGCUGCUGACGGGGGCGAAGCACUCAACAGCCACCGUGGAUGUGGCCUGGGCCCAGGGCACACCCCUGCCCCCGUGGGAGGGCCAGGGGCCCCUGGAGAUCCUGCAGCUGGACUUUGAGAUGGAGAACUUCACCAGCCAGUCGGUCAAGCGGAGGAUCAUGUGGUACAUCGACUACCGCGGGCACGGCGCGCUGCCCGACCUGGAGCGGGCGGUCACCGAGCUGACCGUCAUCCAGCGGGAUGUGCAGGCCAUCCUGCCCCUGGCCAUGGACACCGAGAUCAUCAACACGGCCAUCCUGACCGGCCGGACAGUAGCCAUCCCUGUCAAGGUCAUUGCCAUCGAAGUGACCGGCCUUGUCCUGGAUGUUUCUGCCAUGGUGGAAUGUGAGUCUGACAAUGAGGACAUCAUCAAGGUAUCCAGCAGCUGCGACUACGUGUUUGUUAGCGGAAAGGAGUCUCGCGGGUCCAUGAAUGCCAGGGUCACCUUCCGCUACGACGCCCUCACUGCCCCCCUGGAAAUGACAGUCUGGGUCCCCAAGCUGCCCCUGCACAUCGAGCUCUCGGACGCCCGCCUCAGCCAAGUGAAGGGCUGGAGGGUACCCAUCCUCCCCGACCGGAGGUCAGCCCGGGAGAGCGAGGACGAGGACGAGGAGGACGAGGAGCGGCGGCAGAGCAGCAGCCGCGGCUGCACCCUGCAGUACCAGCACGCCACCCUGCAGGUCUUCACCCAGUUCCACACCACCUCGUCCGAGGGCACCGACCAAGUGGUCACCAUGCUGGGCCCGGACUGGCUGGUGGAGGUCACCGACCUGGUCAGCGACUUCAUGCGGGUGGGCGACCCCCGCGUGGCACGCCUGGUGGACAGCAGCACGCUGGCAGGCCUGGAGCCGGGCACCACCCCCUUCAAGGUGGUGUCCCCGCUGACAGAGUCUGUGCUCGGCGAGACACUGCUGACAGUGACAGAGGAGAAGGUCAGCAUCACCCAGCUGCAGGCCCAGGUGGUGGCCAGCCUCUCCCUCUCCCUACGGCCCAGCCCCGGGAGCAGCCACACCAUCCUGGCCACCGCUGCCGCCCACCAGACCCUCAGCUUCCUCAAGCAGGAAGCCCUCCUGAGCCUCUGGCUCUCCUACAGCGACGGCACCACCGCCCCCCUCUCCCUCUACAGCCCCCGGGACUACGGGCUGCUGGUGAGCAGCCUGGACGAGCGGGUGGCCACGGUGACCCAGGACCGGGCCUUCCCACUGGUGGUGGCGGAGGCGGAGGGGGCCGGGCCGCUGCUGCGGGCGGAGCUCACCAUCGCCGACAGCUGCCAGAAGACCAAGCGCAAGAGCGUGCUGGCCACGGCGCCCGUGGGCCUGCGGGUGCACUUCGGGCGGGAGGAGGAGGACCCCACCUACGACUACCCGGGCCCCAGCCAGCCGGGGCCGGGCGGGGGCGAGGACGAAGCCAGGGGCGCCGGCCCUCCUCCAGGCACCGGGAGGUCCCCCCCGGAGGCUCCGGGGGGGCCGGUCAGCGCCAGCCCCGCCGUGCCGCCCACCGAGGACUUCCUGCCGCUGCCCACGGGCUUCCAGCAGGUGCCGCGCGGGCUGACGGACCUGGAGAUCGGCAUGUACGCGCUGCUGGGCGUCUUCUGCCUCGCCAUCCUGGUCUUCCUCAUCAACUGCGUGGUCUUUGUACUGCGCUACCGGCACAAGCGCAUUCCCCCCGAGGGCCAGACCAGCACGGACCACUCCCACCACUGGGUGUUCCUGGGCAACGGGCAGCCGCUGCGGGCGCAGGGCGAGCUGUCCCCGCCCGCGGGCGGCGGCGGCGGCGGCGGCAACCCGCUGGAGGCCGUGCCCGCCUGCUGCCAUGGCGACCACCACAGCAGCGGCAGCUCGCAGACCAGCGUGCAGAGCCAGGUGCACGGCCGGGGCGACGGCUCCUCGGGCGGCUCGGCCCGGGACCAGGCCGAGGACCCCGCCAGCUCGCCCACGUCCAAGCGCAAGCGGGUCAAGUUCACCACCUUCACCACGCUGCCCACGGAGGAGCUGGCCUAUGACUCGGUGCCUGCCGGGGAGGAGGAGGAGGACGAGGACGAGGAGGACCUGGGCUGGGGCUGCCCGGACGUGGCGAGCCCUGGGAGACCCGCCAGGCCCCCCCAUUACAUGCGCAGGAACAAAGAGAUCGCGUAG